UAUCUCUCCUACUCUCAGAAAACCAAUGACGAUGCUUCUACUUUACACCUGCUCAGAACCGCGCGCGCAAGGCAGCGCUCAACAAUGGAUGAUUCCAACUGCAGUGUUUGCAAUAUCCUUUUUAUUUCUCAUCUUUCUGCACUUGUAUUUCUGGUUCAGGAACCUUCAUGCUCGAGUUCUCGAUAUUGAAAGCGGAAUAAUAAUAUGGGAUGGCGAUGAUCAUCCAAGUUUGUCAGACGCAGAGGAAGAUAUAGAGGCAGCUGCACCCACCAAACCAUGGCUGACGGUAGAGGAGUUGGAAAAAGCAUUCCCAACCUUCGCUUAUGGGAAAACCAUAGAAAGGAAUGUGUGUGCCAUAUGUUUGGAUGAACUGAAAGAAGGAGACAAGUGUCGGAAACUUCUUCCUUCUUGCAUUCACAUUUUCCAUAAAACUUGCAUUGAUCUUUGGCUUUCUAGGAAUAAUAGCUGCCCACUUUGCCGUGCCGUUUUGUUCUUGUAGCUGUAGCUACCUAGCUUCUGUAUAGGAUUUUUUCCAAAGGUUUUGCAGUUUUGACUCUGUUUAGAUGAAGUCAUUCAAAGUGUUCUUGUUUUAGGUUUUGUUAUUUUUUUGGGAAGAAGCCGC